AUGCGGUCUUCACUGAGGAACCAGCGAGAACCAGAAGCAGGGAUAUCGUGGAGACAACUAUGUAAAAUUCCUGUCACCUAUUGGAACGAUGACACGAAGUGUCUCGAGAGUAAUAGAAGAGGUCAUGACAGGGAAGCCACAGAAGUUACGGCAACAGGUCACAAAGGUUAUGACAGUGGAAGAGGGGAAAUAAGAGAGAAGAGAGGAAGAGCACUUCGGCAUUCUCGAAAAAAUGUUGGCUUGGCCAAAAAAUUCGUGAUAAAUAAUAUUGUAGUUGACUUACUCGAACAUCAUUAUUAUCGAAAGAAAAUGCAAUUAAUAGCAAAGCAGUGCGGUGUAGCAAUGAUUUCCAGGUUUCCAAUCACGAUGUAUGAGAUUCCUUCACGGAUUUUAUACUGUAAUGCACCAACGAUGACUUUGAAUGAAAGAUUUUCACGAUUAUCACCAGUGCCUGCUAUAUCCGCUUCUGUAACCAAAAUAGUGCCUAAAGUUAAUUUUCAACAGAAUACCGAUCAGUAUGAUAAUAUUGGUAGCGAUUAUGAUCUUUUAGUAGAUGGCAAAACUGGUGAAGAAUAUAUUCGUGUUCCUCCACGCCGUUAUCGUCCCAGAUUAUUCCAAAAAAGGUCAAUUCAUGAUCGUGUUUCAUUCACUUCGCAAGCUAUGCAGUCAAAUUUCAAUCACUUUAACUAUAGAGGGAAAGAUUUUAAAAGUCGUCGUCAAUUUGGUACAUUUCGAUUAUAUCGACCUCAGAGAUUUCAAAAUAUCAGGUCUUUCCAUUAUACAGUGCGACCACGCUUUUCCUACCGUGGUACUUUUCGACAAAAGAAGACUCGUGAGGAGUUAGAUCGUGAAUUAGAAGAAUAUAUGAACAAAGGAAAAAAUUCUAGAAAUCUCUUCAAAUCUGAUCUCAGGCAGUAA